AUGCCUUCGGUAUACAAUAAGGAAAAGCCUUGGGAUACAGAUGAUAUUGAUAAGUGGAAGAUUGAAGCAUUCACACCUGCCGACAAUGCAGGCGGUACCUUCACAGAAGAGUCCUCCUUCGCCACACUCUUCCCCAAAUAUCGCGAAGUAUAUCUUAAGACAGUCUGGCCACUUAUAAUGAAAUCACUCGAGAAAUAUGGUAUUGCUGCGACACUUGAUUUGCGCGAAGGUUCUAUGACGGUCAAGACCACCCGAAAGACAUACGAUCCAGCCGCUAUUCUCAACGCACGAGAUCUUAUUAAGCUACUUGCACGAAGUGUGCCUGCGCCACAAGCGAUCAAGAUUCUUGAAGAUGGUGUAGCAUGCGAUGUUAUCAAGAUCCGUAACCUGGUUCGAAAUAAGGAACGAUUCGUGAAGAGAAGACAGAGAAUCUUAGGUCCAAAUGGAAGCACCUUGAAAGCGUUGGAACUCCUUACAGAAUGCUAUCUACUAGUUCAAGGAAAUACCGUAUCAGCAAUGGGUCCUUACAAAGGCCUAAAAGAGAUUCGACGAAUCAUCGAAGAUUGCAUGGCCAACAUUCAUCCUAUUUAUCACAUCAAGGAACUAAUGAUCAAGCGAGAGUUGGCAAAGGACCCAGAAUUAGCGGGCGAGAGUUGGGAUAGAUUUCUGCCACAAUUCAAGAAGAGGAAUUUGAACAAGAGAAGAGUGCCUAGAAACGUUACCGACAAGAGCAAGAAGGUUUACACCCCAUUCCCACCAGCACAAGAGAAGAGCAAGGUUGAUCUACAAAUUGAGAGUGGAGAGUACUUCUUGGGCAAGCAAGCAAAGGAGAGGAAAGCUCAAGAGGAAAGAAUAGAGAAGCAGAGAGAGGAGAAAGAGGAGAAGAUGAAGAAGAGGGCCGAAGAAUUCGAGGCACCAGCCGAAGAUGGAGAGAAGAAAGAGAAGAAGAGAAAGAGAGAUAAGGAUAGUGGGGAGAAGAAGGAAAAGAAGAAAUCGAAAAAGAAGAAGAGCAGUGAUGCUGAUGGGGAUAUCGAUAUGGCCGAAGACUAA